UUUGUCAUAGAUACCCAUUUCCAGUAGUGGGUAUUUAGAGGUCUUAGCUGGAAUUUAAUAAAACAGUGUCAAAAUGUGGAUCAAUAAUCAGAGCUCACUAAAUGAUUUCAUCUUACUGGGCUUCUCUGACCACCCCUGGCUUGAGACACCACUCUUUGUAAUCCUUCUGGUGGCUUACAUCUUUGCCCUAUUUGGAAAUACUUCUAUUAUCCUAGUUUCUCACCUGGAUCCUCAGCUUGACAGUCCCAUGUACUUUUUUGUCUCAAAUCUAUCCCUUCUGGAUCUCUGCUAUACCACCAGCACUGUCCCACAAAUGUUAGUCAACAUUAGGGGACCAAAAAAGACCAUUAGCUAUGGUGGUUGCAUUGCCCAACUCUACAUUUUCUUGGCCUUGGGUUCCACUGAGUGUAUACUUCUAGCCAUUAUGGCCUUUGAUCGUUAUGCUGCUAUUUGCAAGCCUCUCCACUACCCAAUCAUCAUGAACCAGAAACGUUGCAUCCGCAUGGCCACUGGGACCUGGAUUAGUGGUUUUGCUCACUCCCUUGUCCAGUCCACUCUCACAGUGGUGGCCCCGAGAUGUGGACAGAGGGUGAUGGACCAUUUCUUCUGUGAAGUUCCUGCCAUUUUGAAACUAGUUUGUACGGAUACUCGUGUGAAUGAGGCUGCGCUCAAUGUCCUAGGGGCUUUGCUGCUCCUGGUGCCCCUCAUCCUCAUCCUGGGUACUUACAUGUUCAUUGCUCAGGCAGUAAUGAAAAUCCACUCUAGAGAAAGUUAUUGGAAGGCUUUUAAUACAUGUGCUUCACAUUUGUUGGUGGUCUCCCUCUUCUACUUCACAGCCAUUAGUAUGUAUGUCCAGCCUCCCUCUAGCUAUUCUCAUGACAGAGGGAAGGUUAUGGCUCUCUUCUAUGGAAUUGUCACACCUACCCUCAACCCCUUUAUCUAUACACUGAGGAACAAGGAUGUGAAAGCUUCCCUUCGAAGGGCACUGAACAAGGAGUUUUGGGUCAAGAAAAGAUGAUCUCUGAAAAGAAGACUUAAGAUGCAAGAAUGGAUGUGUUUGCCUUUCAAAAAAGAUGUGGGACAUGGAAGUGAUGAGGAACAGGGUAUCAAGUGACAUAAAUUUCAGAAGCCAAACAGGAACAAGAAAUAAAUAAUUUUACAUAGUUUAUCCACUUAUGGGAAUAUCUGUUUUACAAAAUUGAAUCUGACUAAGUCUUGUCGCUUUUCUCCCUAACCCUAAUUAUGAAUUAACCUAGUCUCAAGGGAGAAAUAGUGUAAUACGUCC